GAAAAACAUUUUCCUCCCCGCGACAACGACCUGGGCAUGCCCGCUCGGAAGUGCCACACGUCGGGGAUGCUGACUCCCAACGGCAAAGAAUACGCCCAAAAAAUCCCGAGAGAAGAACUAACUCACUUGAUACUGAAACUUCUGCAAGCCUGGAAAGAACCACUUUCUCACUUUAACCAACAUAUUGAGCACCAUCAAGAGCUACCUGAUGACAGCCUUAGCAAAGCUAAACAAAUCAGCAAUAUGGUGCAUGAGCUGAAGACUGGAGUUGAGAAAGUAACAGAAAAGAUGCAGUCAAUGGGGAUCAUCAGCAACUCAUUAAAUGGAAUCGCAUCAUCUGAAGCUGCUGGUUUAUCCAUUAGUAAUGAAGCAAACAUGAUGAGUGACUCUGACUUUAUUCACUGUUUCAGGAGGGACUCCAAUAAAGUACAAAGCUACUUAAAAAUUCUUAAAUGUAGGAUUAUGCCAGAAAAUAGCUGUUGA